AUGGCUGAAGGUGAAGCCAAGGUGAUAUCCACCGAUCCUCUCCAUGAGAAUGAGGCGGUUUGGACAAAACUGGUCAAGAAAACGUAUAUAGACCCCAAAGGUGUCACCCGAACAUGGGAAUCUGCCGAGCGGACAACGAGGCCCAAGGGGAGUGACAUUGACGGCGUUGGCAUCGUUGCCAUCCUGGAGAAGGAGACAGGCCCGGAAAUCGUCCUUCAGAAGCAAUAUCGCCCGCCCCUGGACAAGAUCGUCAUCGAACUUCCUGCUGGUCUGAUAGACGAAGGUGAGACGGCGGAGCAGGCGGCGAUCCGAGAGCUCAAGGAGGAAACCGGCUACGUUGGAAAGGUGAUAGAGAUGUCACCGGUAAUGUUCAAUGAUCCCGGCUUCUGCAAUACAAACCUCCGCAUGGUUCAUGUUAGCGUCGACAUGAGCCUCCCUGAGAACCAAGACCUGAAGCCUGAGCUCGAAGAGAACGAGUUCAUCGAAGUCUUCCUUGUCAAAUUGGACGCACUCUGGGAAGAGUGCAUCAAGCUGGAAGCUGAAGGCUAUGCCAUUGACGCGCGCAUCGCCAACCUCGCUGAGGGCAUCGAAAUCGCUAAGCGGUUUAAGCUUUGA